AACACACCCCAAAGUACGAGCCUCACAGCCGGACCAGACUCCAGCCAGGGUGCGUUGUACUGCGAGUAUCUGAGGUUUGCACUUCAACUGGGAGCAAGUCACAGGAGACAAGGAGUCAGCUUCUCUUCUCUAGGCUGUUCUAACCUGUCCAGGCUCACGACUUCUAGGUCUCUAAGUUUGAGAGGGCAGACAUCCUGGGUGCCACAGCUAACCAGGGAGUGUACCCCAGAAUGGGGGGCCCCGAGAAAGCCAAGGGCAGGAACUUUCCAUGGCACCUCCCUCGUUCAAGGCCCCUGGUCACUUGCUGCCAGUUUUGGUCUGUGAGCUCUGCCUCUCUGGUGAAGGCAGGCAGUGGCAGGACAGGACACUGGCCCCAUUGCCGGUAAGGAUGCCACCCUCAGGGGUGGAGGAGGCGACCCCAGGUCUGGUGGAUUUUCUGCAGAGGCCGUCAGAGGACGCCUGGAGGAGGCAAAGUGGCUCCGCCACUGGGCUGGGCUGGGCUGGGCUGGUAGAUAUGGGGCCCAGACUUCCCUGGAAGUUUCAUUCCCGCUGUAGCUCCUUGCCGACUGUCCUUCUGCCUCUAAGUGUCCAGCUUGCCUGCAGGAGGUUGCUGCAAGCUGUCAGCUCUGUUGGGAAGCGACCUCAGUCGCUCUGCUUUUGUUCCGGGGAAUAAGCAUAUCUCUGCAACAUUUGACCUGGGCGCUCACCCGCUGGUUAUCGGCUGUCCUGCCAGUGUGUGGGGGCUGGGCAGAGGGCAGAGGCCCGGGGUCCCAGCUCUCCCUGUGGCCUGGCUUGGCCAUUUAAGCCGCCUGCCCACACUCGCUGUCACUCAUACACAAACUAGGCCUGCAGCUGGGCUCACCCCGGGAGCUCCUGAAGAAGCCACACGGGCCUCAGAAAGCUGUGGGGCCUUGAGGACUGCCCCUCAUGCCCCUGUGAGCCAGCUUUUCUUCUCGGACGUCUCUUCUUUCUUCUACUACAUUCUCUGAAACAGUCUUUCUCUUAAUAAAUCAUAGUGUUUUAUGUUUUAGGUCAUAGAUGUGUUUUAUUUGUUUUUUUUUUCCUAAACGAUUAUAUUUAAGUUCUUUUUAUUUCAUGUUCUAGGUUUUAAGGUUUUUCUAAUUUCUUAAUUUUUUUGUUGUUUUUUUGUUUUGUUUUUUGUUUUUAUGUACUGUAUUUUCAGUGUUUUAACCAAACAGUUGUGGCUACUGUGGUGAGGAAUGACCGCUAAGAGUUUGGGUUCUUUGCAUUUGGAGGUCACUGCUACACGUUGAUGUUUAGGAGGUUGAGAGGUUUGCCUUUAGGACCCCGAACCCCCUCCUGAGGCCAUGCACCUCCUCGGCACCAUGAAAGAGGGUAGCAGGGGCUGAGGGAGCUGCCGCCCAGAGCCACUCAGGGUGUCCCAACGACGAGAUGUCCGAGUCGGGCCAGUCCUCGGUGGCUGCCACGCCCAGCACCACAGGCACCAAGUCCAACACGCCCACAUCCUCUGUGCCCUCGGCCGCGGUCACGCCCCUCAAUGAAGGAAUGCAGCCCCUGGGGGACUACAGCGCCGGCACCAAGAACAACAGCCAGCGGGCUCGGGAGAAGCGCAACAGCCGCAACAUGGAGGUCCAGGUCACGCAGGAGAUGCGGAAUGUCAGCAUAGGCAUGGGCAGUAGUGACGAGUGGUCUGAUGUUCAAGAUAUUAUCGACUCCACCCCAGAGUUGGACAUGAGUCGGGAGCCCCGCUUGGACCGCACGGGCAACAGCCCGACCCAGGGGAUCGUGAACAAGGCUUUCGGCAUCAACACUGACUCUCUGUACCACGAGCUGUCGACUGCGGGGUCCGAGGUCAUUGGGGAUGUGGACGAAGGGGCCGACCUGCUAGGAAUGGGCAAGGAAGUGGGGAAUCUGCUGCUGGAGAACUCUCAGCUUCUAGAAACCAAAAACGCGCUGAACGUGGUGAAGAACGACCUCAUCGCCAAGGUGGACCAGCUGUCUGGGGAGCAGGAGGUGCUGAAGGGGGACUUGGAAGCUGCCAGGCAGGCCAAACUCAGGCUGGAGAGCCGCGUCAAGGACCUGGAGGAGGAGUUGAGGAGAGUGAAGUCAGAGGCCAUCGUUGCCCGCCGUGAACCCAAAGAAGAGGUGGAGGAUGUAAGCAGCUAUCUCUGUACAGAAUUGGACAAGAUCCCCAUGGCGCAGCGCCGCCGCUUCACGCGGGUAGAGAUGGCUCGCGUGCUCAUGGAGCGCAACCAGUACAAGGAGCGGUUGAUGGAGCUGCAGGAGGCCGUGCGGUGGACCGAAAUGAUCAGAGCAUCCCGAGAGCACCCGUCUGUCCAGGAGAAGAAGAAGUCCACCAUCUGGCAGUUCUUCAGCCGCCUCUUCAGCUCCUCCUCCAGCCCCCCUCCUGCCAAGCGGUCCUACCCCUCAGUGAACAUCCAUUACAAGUCGCCCACCACGGCCGGCUUCAGCCAGCGCCGCAGCCAUGCCAUGUGCCAGAUCUCUGCCGGCAGCCGGCCCCUGGAGUUCUUCCCCGAGGACGACUGCACGUCCUCCGCCCGGCGGGAGCAGAAGCGCGAGCAGUACCGCCAGGUGCGCGAGCACGUGCGCAACGACGACGGGCGGCUGCAGGCCUGCGGCUGGAGCCUGCCGGCCAAGUACAAGCAGCUGAGUCCCAACGGGGGCCAGGAGGACACACGGAUGAAGAACGUGCCUGUGCCCGUGUACUGCCGCCCUCUGGUGGAGAAGGACCCCACCAUGAAGCUGUGGUGUGCCGCGGGCGUCAACUUGAGUGGCUGGAAACCCAGUGAUGACGACUCUGGGGAGGGAGUCAAGGCUGCGCCAGGCCGUGACCCUCUGACCUGCGACCGAGAAGUGGAAGGAGAGACCAAGAGCAACCACACGUCUCCCGAGAAGAAGAAGCAGGCCAAGGAGCUCCCUGAGACGGACGCCACCUCCAGCCGGGUGUGGAUCCUCACCAGCACCCUGACCACCAGCAAAGUGGUGAUCAUCGAUGCCAACCAGCCGGGCACUGUCGUGGACCAGUUUACCGUCUGCAACGCCCACGUCCUGUGCAUCUCCAGCAUCCCUGCGGCCAGCGACAGCGACUAUCCUCCGGGAGAGAUCUUCCUGGACAGUGACAUGAACCCUGAGGACUCCAGUGCGGACGGCGUGCUGGCUGGCAUCACCCUGGUGGGCUGUGCCACCCGCUGCAAUGUGCCACGCAGCAACUGCUCCUCCCGAGGGGACACCCCAGUGCUGGACAAGGGCCAGGGGGAGGUGGCUGCUGUCGCCAAUGGCAAGGUCAACCCAUCUCAGUCCACGGAGGAGGCCACAGAGGCCACUGAGGUGCCAGACUCUGGGCCCAGUGAGGCAGACGCAGCUGCAGUGCGGCCCGGGCCCCUCACAGAGCACGUCUUCAUGGACCCGGCCCCCGCGCCACCCCCUAGUGCCCAGCCUGGCAGUGAGAACGGGCCGGAGGCCGAUGCAAGUGGGGUACAGCCAGAGCCGGAGCCCAGUGGAGCCCCCGCGGGAGCCAGCAGCAGUGCCGCACCCACCAUGUGGCUGGGAACCCAGAACGGCUGGCUCUACGUGCACUCUGCUGUGGCCAACUGGAAGAAAUGUCUGCACUCCAUCAAGCUGAAGGACUCGGUGCUGAGCCUGGUGCACGUGAAAGGCCGAGUGCUGGUGGCUCUGGCAGACGGGACUCUGGCCAUCUUCCAUAGAGGCGAAGAUGGCCAGUGGGACCUGAGCAACUAUCACCUGAUGGACCUGGGCCACCCCCACCACUCCAUCCGCUGCAUGGCCGUCGUGUACGACCGCGUGUGGUGCGGCUACAAGAACAAGGUGCACGUCAUCCAGCCCAAGACCAUGCAGAUCGAGAAGUCAUUUGACGCCCACCCGAGGCGGGAGAGCCAGGUGCGGCAGCUGGCGUGGAUUGGCGACGGGGUGUGGGUGUCCAUCCGCUUGGACUCCACGCUGCGGCUCUACCACGCCCACACCCACCAGCACCUGCAGGACGUCGACAUCGAGCCCUAUGUCAGCAAGAUGCUGGGCACAGGCAAGCUUGGCUUCUCCUUCGUGCGCAUCACGGCCCUGCUCAUCGCGGGCAAUCGCCUGUGGGUGGGCACCGGCAACGGGGUCGUCAUCUCCAUCCCGCUGACCGAGACCGUGGUCCUGCACCGAGGCCAGCUUCUGGGGCUCCGAGCUAACAAGACAUCCCCCACGUCCGGGGAGGGGGCCCGCCCAGGGGGCGUCAUCCAUGUGUAUGGCGACGACAGCAGUGACAAAUCAGCCAGCAGCUUCAUUCCCUACUGCUCCAUGGCCCAGGCCCAACUCUGCUUCCACGGGCACCGUGACGCAGUCAAGUUCUUUGUCUCAGUGCCAGGGAACGUGUUGGCCACGCUCAACGGCAGCGUGCUCGACAGCCCGUCAGAGAGCCCCGGGCCGGCUGCCCCCUGCUCAGACGCCGAGGGCCAGAAGCUGAAGAACGUGCUGGUGCUGAGCGGCGGGGAGGGCUACAUCGACUUCCGUAUCGGCGACGGGGAGGACGACGAGACAGAGGAGAGCGCAGGGGACGUGAGCCAGGUGAAGCCCAUGCUGUCCAAGGCUGAGCGCAGCCACAUCAUCGUGUGGCAGGUGUCCUACAGCCCCGAGUGAGGCUGUGCCCACCCCGCCCGCCCGCCCCGCCCGCGGCCAGCCUGUACAUACGACCCCGCCCGCCUGCCCACUGCCCGCCCCCAGGCAGCCAGGCGCCUGUCCGCCCCUUUUCUCACCUCUCAAGCUGCAGCUUUCACCUUAGCCCAGGCCUCUCCGCGAGCUGCCAGGGAGCAGCAGCGGGUCUGGCUGGGAAGGCAGCGGCAAUCAGGUGGCCUUCUCACCAGGGAGGGGCACCUCUCGGACACCCUUUCCCCAGCAGCUCCUGGCUGGCACCCAGCCCAAAGUCCUCAAGUCCCCAGGGCACUUCAGGGCCAGAGCGAGGCAGAAUCCUGGGGUGCGUUGGGCUGGGGGAAGCCCUGCAGGUGGCUCCCAGCUCCCCCCCGUGGUCCCCACCCCUGUCACUCACUCCCAGGACCCCAGGGUGGGAAGCAGAGACUUCACCCUACCAAGUCUUCCCACCCUGAGCCCACUUGCCUGCUGCCCUCGGGGUAAGGGUCCGACCUUAAGGGAGCCAGCCAGCUGCUAGCCUUCCCUGGGUCCCCCCACCCCGAUCCUUGCUGCCCCAGAAACUGGCAUGAAAGCACGUAACCAGGCUCUCGGGGGCAGCUGCUUGAGAGGACAGGCAGAUGCCCUCACCCUGCUCGAGCCCCCUGAUCCUUCUUGUGGCAGAUCUCACCGGCCCUCACUGACCCGUCUGUCCCGUCAUCCCCCCACCCCCCACCCCCCACGGCCACUGUCCCUGGGCAAAAGACCCACCUUAUAGGAGCAGGCCCUGGAGUCCUGCCCCUCCCGGAAGCCCCUAGGGUGGAAUUUCUCAGGCUGUCAGGGCAGGCCCAGGCCUCAGGAAGAAGGGGAGGCCACUGGCCUCUCCUGGGGUCAGUCCUAGGACGCAGGCUAAGCCUCAGGGUGACACGGAAGGUGUGUUCCAGGGCCUGCCUCCCGCGGGGUCUCCAAGAAGCCCAGCUCCCAAGACACACUACUAAGUGCCUAGGGCUAGAGGUGUGGCUGGCUCCCUUGAGGGCGGCUGGCACGGGCUGUAGAGCAGAAGCCCAAAGGGCUAAGGACAGGAGCCGCCUCCAGCUGGCUCUAGGCGUGCAUGCCCUGCUCUGAGGGGCGCCGCCCUGGACCGCCGCUGCCUCCACCUGCCCGGCCCAGGCCUUGCUCCUGCUCCCAGAGGCACUGAUGAGGGCAGCCCCAGGCCCUGCUGCCCACCCACCUCCUCCCGCCAGAGAAGCACAGAUCUUGGGCAGCCAUCUCAUGAGCCCAGCUGGACACCACGGCAGCCAGUGCAGCUGCAGGCUUCCCACCGCCCUACCACUCUCCACUGUGAUGUCAUCAGGUCCCUUGUCUGUUCCCACAGGGCCGUGAAGUGACUCGGGGGUUAGUGAGGUGGGUGCAGUGGGGGAAGGGGCUGGGUGACGAUUCUCCUCAGGCUUUGGCCCUGCAAGCGAACCCACGUAUCUGCUCUGUAUGUAAUACAUGUCUUAAUAUCGUACCUGU